AUGGUUGGAAUGAAAAUGGGUGAAACUACAAAAUGGUCAAAUAUUGCAUUCGGACGAAUUCCACUCAAAUUACCAACUACUUCAAUGCCUAAUGUUAAUCUUACUACACAUAGUAAUCAGAUAAAUGAACAAAUUUUAACAAGUUCACUAAAUAAUCAACGAUAUCGUACUGAAUUAUCGUUGAAUGUUGGAAAUUAUUCUUUUAAUGUUAAACAAGCAACGAUAGAUGAGAUGCUACGAGAUGAUAAACAUCAAUAUUUUCCAAUGGAGUCAUUGUGGGAUUCUGAUCGUUUAGCAGACAAAUUACAUAGAUUAGAAAAUGAACGUAGUUCAUUAAAUUCACAAAUUCAACUUUUAAGUGAAAAAUUAGAACUUCAACAUGAUACUAUUUAUGAAUAUGAACAAUUACAACGUCGAACAAAAACAAAAUAUCGUAAUCUAACAACAAAUUCAUCUAAUUUCUAUCAUGCUCAUGUUCAUCAACAAUCUCCGUCUUUUAUACAUCACACAUUAUCGUGUGGCAGUUUUAGUAAUGGUAAUAGUAGCAACGGUAAUAUUAAUACCAAAUCUAUGCAUAUGCGACAGAACACAGGUGGAAUAAUGCCGUUAAAAAAAAUAAAGGAUCAAUUACAACCAAUGAUCGAUCCAUCACAAUUUUUAAAUGAAAUAAAUCAUUUUAAAAUUCGUCUUGAUACAUUAGAAAAAGAACGUUAUGAACUUGAAGAUAAAGUUCGACGACUUCAGGAAGAAAAUGAAGCAUAUAAAAGUCGUCUUGCUAAUGGAAAUAAUGACUGGAUUAGUUCUCGAUCAACAUCGGCACUCAAUGGACGUGUGACCCCAUUGUCAGUAGCUGAAAAUGACAUCGAACGUUUGAAACGACGUAUUGAAUCUCUUGUCAAAUCAAACGACGAAAAAGAAAGAAAAAUUGAAGAUUUACAAAGUCAAAUAACAAGAUAUCAUUCAAUUACUUUAUCAUCAAUAACACCAAUAAACGAAGCUGAAUUAUUAAUAUCCUCGUCGAGUAAUAUAAAAAAGGUCGAGAAUUCUAUCAAUAAUAAUAAUAAUAAUAACACCAAUCAACGACCUGGUUACGAAGCAGACGGUGAUAAUUCAGAUUCAAAUUCAUUACCAUCUGAUACUAGUGAUAAAGAUUCACAACCAUCACAAAAACCUCCAUCCUCAUCAUCUUGUCUACUAACUCGAUCAUCGCAUAAUGGUCAUGAUUCAUCUAUAAAUUCUUAUCAAAAUCCAUUAUCAAAAUUAAAACUUGACGUAUUACAACGUGCUUCAAGUGCUGAACCAAUGAUGACUAGAGAAUUGACUAGUACUCCUAUUCGUGAUAAACAACCACAACAACAAUAUCAACAGCAACAUCAACAAUCAGCAAUUAUUCGAACACUUACAGCCGAUGAAAGAAUGAAUCGUCCAUAUGAUCAAAGUGGUUAUAUAUCGGAUGGACCAAGCCAAAAAUAUUCUAUUUAUAAAAAAGCAACAUCAACAAAUUUAGAUAAAAGUAAAUCAUCAAGUGCCAAAGGAUUAAAAAGUAUUUUUGGAAGAAUUAUUCGAACUAAUUCGGGAAAUUUUCGUGAAGAUAGUGAACAUCAUUCUCAUAGCCCAUUUCAACGUGGAGGCUUAAGAGCAACAACAAGUGGUGGAAAAACUUCACUUAAACCACUUAGCGCUUUAGAAACUACAUUUUCUCGUUGGCAAACUGAACAAGUUGUAAAUUGGUUAUAUGGCAUUGGCCUUGGCCAAUAUGCUAGUGAAUGUCGUAAACAUUUUAAAAAUGGUUUACAACUUUUACAUGCAACACCACAAGAAUUAGAAAAAAAAAUUGGCAUGCGUAAUCCAUUGCAUCGUAAAAAACUUCAAUUAUGUUUAAAUGGUUUAUGUACACGACAAAAUGAAGCAAAUAUUCUUGAUGCACAUUGGGUUCAAAAAUGGCUUGAUGAUAUUGGUCUUCCACAAUAUAAAGAAUAUUUUGUUGAAUCGAAAAUUGAUGGUCGUUUACUUAAUAAUCUAACUCUAGAAGAUAUUGUUUAUUUAAAUAUAACUAAUGAACUUCAUCAUUUAAGUAUAAAACGUGCCAUACAAGUUUUACGUUUAAAUGGUUUUAAUCCAACUUGUAUAAAACGUCGUCCAAGUCCAGAUGAUAAAAAUGAUAUGACAGAAAUUAUGCAUUGGUCAAAUCAUCGCGUUAUGGAAUGGUUAAGAUCAAUUGAUUUAUCCGAAUAUGCACCAAAUUUACGUGGCUCAGGUGUUUGUGGUGCUUUAAUUAUCCUAGAAUUACGUUUUAAUGCUUCGACAUUAGCAGAAAUUUUAUCUAUACCAAUGUCAAAAACAUUAUUAAGACGACAUUUAACAAUGCGCUUUCAAGAAUUAAUUGGUAAUGAUUUACAAAAUCGUAAAAACCAAUAUGAAAAAUCACCUAAUUAUCAACCAUUAACAGCACAUACAAAAAUAAAAUUUUCACGUGGUUUAUUUGCACAUCGACGAACACGUUCAACUGAAGCUGAUGAUUUAGUUUGUCCUAUAAAUGAAAAUGGCAUUCCAAAUGGGAUAUCACCCAGUCUUAAGCGUUUUCAGCGCAAAGAAACAUCACUGGCUGAUACUGUUGAGGAUGAACUUGUUCUCGCUCAUGAUAGCCCAACAACGGUUGUUUAG